AUGGGAAGUAUCCAGCAAGAGUCGACUUGGCUCGACUUACUCCAAAAGCAAGUCAAAAUUGAUAUUGACUGCAUGGAUCCCGCGGAAUCUAAGAGAUGGCUUCCAUUCAAACCACAAGAUCAGACGAGUAACCAGCGCCUCGUUUACGAGCAAAUGGUUUCUCCUGACAACCACGAGCUGUUCCUCCAAACCGCAAGAGAGUACAAGGAUCAAGGCUGGGAAGUGAUCCUGACCCGCAUGAGUGCGCUCUUGUGUGCGAAGAACAUUGAAAAUAUUAAAGGCCGAGUUUUGCUGCAGUCUUCGGCUUUCGCUGCCUACGAUACAAAUAAGGUCGUUGCUCAGUCCCGCGCCUAUGCCCGCGAGUUCGAGAAGGUUGGGAUCUCCAAGGAUCGCUUUUGCAUCAAGAUACCUUGUACGGGGCCUGCUCUAAAUGCAAGCCCCAUUCUGCUAAAAGAAGGCAUUCGCACUCUCGGCACUACCCUCUAUUCCCUUCCUCAGGCCAUUGCAGCAAGCCAGGCCCAGUGUCUCUCGAUUAGUCCAUAUAUUAACUUUCCUUGGUAUCAUGCCGAUCGCACACAGUGGCCAAACCUUGAAGAUCCUGCUCUACAGCACCCUAUGGCUCCCAGGAUUAUUCAGAUCCAAGAAACGUACGCGCGUCUUUGCAAGGAGACUGGCAAAAUACAGCCUUUGCUCAAGCCCGCUAGUUUCAUAUCCGCAAGAGAAGCCAUGGCAAUGGGUGAGCUGGGCUGCGAUCACGUAACGGUCCCGGAAGAUAUCAUCCAACAGCUCUCCAUAUUAGACGCUGAGGCCAAUCCACCGCCGGGGAACAACGCUACUAAACGCAAUGGUGCCCCCUCACCUCGCGUUAUCCACCUGGCUAAGACCGACCCACUUGCUGGUCCAGGAUGGGAUGGACAGCUUGCACGCACAGACAUCGACUACCUUGCGGAUAAUGGUGCAGCAUUAGAGAAGGCUAUAAAGGAAGAUGCUGUGACUGCAAAGGGGGUUCAAGAUGCUCUCGAGGCAUUCAAGGCGAAUGAGUUGCAGAGCAAGGCUGCAAUCGAGGAAAUUCUGCUACAGGUCUAA